AUUAGAUUCAGUAAAGUAAGUCGGUGAGUACGCGACAGACGAUCUGGUAUUGUGUUGGAUCGAGUCGAAUCACUAGAUCCUCGUUUUUGUUAUGUAAUUCGUCUCUCGUCUCCUCCCAAACGUAAAAAAGAUCGCUAAAUAGAUCCUACGCUUCCUCGGCUGUUUGCUGCAUCAUCCCGGAUAAAACAUAAAUCGUUUACAAUGUUCAGGAGCGAGACGAUGGCUCUCUGCCAGCUGUUCAUUCAGCCAGAGUCUGCCUAUCAAUCCGUCUCUGAACUUGGUGAAACCGGUACUGUGCAGUUUCGCGAUCUAAACGGCGAUGUCAAUUACUUUCAACGAAAAUUCGUCAGCGAAGUCCGUCGGUGUGACGAAAUGGAGCGGAAGCUUCGGUACAUCGAAUCGGAAGUCAGAAAGGAUGGUGUACCUAUCCAGGAUAACCUGCCUGAGUUACCACGUGCGCCGAACCCCAGAGCCAUCAUAGAUCUCGAGGCGAAUCUCGAGAAGAUGGGGAACGACAUUUUAGAGCUGAGCCAAAACGCGGUGAACCUGAAGAGUAACUAUCUCGAGUUGACGGAAUUACGGCACGUGCUCGAGAAGACCCAAGUCUUUUUCACGGAGGAAGAGGCCAAUGACUCGAUGAACAGGACGCUGAACGAGGACGUACAGAUUCAGAGCGUCACCGGCCAUGGACGUCUUGAAUUCGUUGCUGGGGUCAUAAUCCGGGAGCGUGUACCAGCCUUUGAAAGGAUGUUGUGGCGGAUAUCACGUGGAAACGUAUUCUUGCGUCAAGUUGGACUGGAUCAGGCGUUAGAAGACCCAGCCACCGGGAAUCAGAUGUUCAAAACUGCUUUCGUUGCUUUUUUCCAAGGAGAGCAGCUGAAAAGUCGAAUUAAGAAAGUCUGCAGUGGCUUCCACGCUUCUUUGUACCCAUGUCCGCAUACUCCUGCGGAGCGUAGUGAAAUGCUGACGGGCGUCCGCACCAGAUUAGAGGAUUUGAACAUGAUUCUAAAUGAAACACGAGACCACCGUCAACUUGUCCUACGCAAUGUAGCCAAAGAGCUACCAAACUGGACCAUCAUGGUUAGGAAAAUGAAAGCCAUUUACCACACGAUGAAUUUAUUCAACAUGGAUGUUUCGAAAAAGUGUCUUAUAGGAGAAUGCUGGGUACCGAUAUCCGAUCUGAACAUCGUCAGAAACUGUCUGAAUGAAGGAUCGCGUAUUUGCGGUAGCACCAUGCCGUCUUUCCUCAAUGUGAUCUACACGGACGAAAGUCCACCGACGUUUAACAGGACGAAUAAGUUCACGAGAGGUUUCCAAAACCUAAUUGACGCGUACGGUGUGGCAUCGUAUCGUGAAGUUAACCCAGCCCUUUAUACAAUCAUCACUUUUCCUUUCUUAUUUAGCGUCAUGUUCGGCGAUGCCGGCCAUGGUAUAAUUAUGACUUUGUUUGCCCUGUUUAUGAUACUGAAGGAGAAGAAAUUUAUGUCGCAGAAGUCGAAGUCGGAAAUUUGGAACAUAUUCUUUGCCGGUCGUUAUAUCGUACUUCUGAUGGGUAUAUUUUCUAUUUACACCGGCGUGAUCUACAACGACUUGUUCUCAAAGUCAAUGAACUUGUUCGGAAGUAGUUGGUCCAUACCGUACGAUACGCAAACAAUAAGAGAUUCUCAUUCUCUUCAAUUGGAUCCGGCCUUUGAAAGCAGUUAUAAACAAACGCCAUAUCCUAUGGGCGUGGAUCCAGUUUGGGCAUUAGCUCAGAACAAAAUUAUAUUCUUGAACUCCUACAAAAUGAAGCUGUCCAUCAUUUUUGGAGUUGUGCACAUGAUUUUUGGCGUCUGCAUGAGCGUCUGCAACAUUAUGUACUUCAAGAAGUAUCCAAGCUUAUUCCUCGAAUUCUUGCCGCAGUUACUUUUCCUUAUUGUGUUGUUCUUCUAUCUCGUGGUUUUGAUGUUUGUCAAAUGGGUCUUGUAUAGUGCUUCUGAAAGAGCCAGCCGUUUUGGUCCAAGAUGUGCUCCAUCCGUUUUGAUCACGUUCAUCAAUAUGAUACUGCAAGGUCAUACGAAAAUAGUAGACUGUGAUGAAUAUAUGUUCCCUGGUCAGGCCAUUAUUCAAUACGUCUGCAUUGGUAUUGCUAUAGUAUGUAUACCGGUGAUGCUCUUCGGAAAACCCGUUUACUUCCUGUUCGCAAAGAGGGUUAAAUUAGGAGGUAUAAUUCAUAGCAACGGAGCUACUCAGGACAUCGAGUUGCAGUCGGAUCCUACACAAACACUAACUUCAACCAGUGAAACGGCUGCAAGUGGUACUAAACAUGACGAAGAUUCAUUCGGAGAACUUAUGAUCCAUCAAAGCAUUCACACUAUAGAAUAUGUUCUUUCGACGAUAUCGCACACUGCCUCUUAUUUACGUUUGUGGGCCUUGUCGCUAGCCCACGGACAGUUGUCAGAAGUAUUGUGGUCUAUGGUUCUGAGACAAGGUCUCGGGGCUAAAGAGAACAAUUAUGUAUUCAGCAUAGUCUUAUUCUUUUCUUUCGCUGCCUGGGCGUUCUUCACCCUCGCUAUUUUGGUUAUGAUGGAGGGGUUGUCUGCUUUCCUUCAUACCCUCCGACUUCAUUGGGUGGAGUUUAUGAGCAAAUUCUACGAAGGCCAGGGCUAUCCUUUCCAACCAUUUUGUUUCAAGAGUAUUUUAGACGCAGAGGAAAGCGAAGAAUAGACAGUAUAUGGUCAGCAGCAAUAAUUCUAAAUAGACACGUAUGCUGUAUCAUGUGUGAACACUUCUUUCCGUUUUGUAAGGAAUUGGAAACUAUAAAUUGCGACACAAUGAAAAGGAAUUGAAAAGUUUCUUGAUAAGAUAUUUUCUAUCAAAUUGAAUGGUUAACUGAUUUGUGUAUUAAGUUUGUAUAAAAUAUUGUUCCUUCGUAAAAUCACGAGAUAAUACUGUUCAAUGUACGAAUAUAUCCUACAUUCGUCGACAAUGAUUCGACAGUUAUGUAAAUUAUGUAAUCAAAUUACAAAGUUAUUUUCCGAACAAGAAUAUAUUUACUGAACAAACAUAUUGAUUAAAAUAAAAACUAUUUUAUUUGAGAAAACUGACUUCGAAGUAGUGGUAAAUGUUUAUUUUUUGCAUCUUUCUGCGUUAGAAUGAAGGUUUGCAUGUAACUAUUUCAUUGAUACUAAUUUUACAAGCUUUACAGUGCUUUCGUUUGUUUUCAUCGUUCUCGAAACUUUUGUAAUCCUUUGCGCAUUUUUUCUUUCUCGUUUCAAAUCUUUGCAAUCUUCACAGUACCAUGCUACUUGUUUAUACACUCGUAUUAUUUUUUAACUGUGUUGUGUAGCGUUUCCAAUCUUUGUUAUAUAUACUGUUUUUAGAUUUUCGGUUUGAUUGUUUGUUUCUUCAUGUCUGCAUCUGACAAUGAAGUUAGUUUUUUCUAGUCCCUUCAAUUAUAACACAAUAAAUAUAUGCAUGUUUUAUUAUAUUCCGUAUCAUAUUCUUCCAUAUAUUUCGGUACUGUUUAAAAAUUUUCAUUAUUUCAAUUUCUACUUUCUUGUUUUUGCUUUUUUUUUACAAAAUUUGGUUGCGAUGUAUAUUUUAUACAUUUCUCUUCCAUAUUCCAGUUGCUCUAUCUCCUUUAUUCUCCAUAUUUGAAGCAUUUAAUAUUACAAUAAGAAAACUUGCAAAGAAUAUGAUUGACAUAUACAGACACAUACCAGCAUGUGUCAUAUCGGAAUUUGUGAGCACAAGACAUCAAAUUGUCUAAUCUUUAGAAAUUGAUUUAUUGUAUCGACUUUACGCUAGACUACCAAUUAAUACAUGUAUUUAUUUAUUCGGGCAUAUUUUGCAAUAAAAAUUGUACAAUGUCUUGAUAAGUGCGGUCUUGUUAUUUUUAAAAGGAAAUAUACAUUGAACGCUAUUAGAGCUAGGUAGUUCUAGAGUUCAUAGUAAUUAUAUAACAAACACCUGUCUAAUAUUACCUGUCCUACUUUGAAUUUCAUUAAAAUUGUAGUGUUAUGUUUCAGGUGGUACUCUUUUCUCUUUUGUCAAAUUUUCUAGUCUCUUCGUUAUAUAAGAUUUAGCUUUUAAAAACUCUUAAAUUGUCUAUCUUUCUUUGUAAUCUGGCAAUGUUUUAAAGUCCUAUUUUGAAGUCCUAUUUUGAAUGUCGCCAUUUUUCUUUUCCUUCUCUACUUCUACCUUAUCUGCUCUUUGUACAAGUCAGCAGCUUGGAAAUAUGACGUUUAGAUUGUUAUAUUAAUUGCUCAUAGAAUUUUGCUUAUUCUAAAAACUAGUUUUUCCCAAAAUUUCUUCAUCUUUUCAAAUAUUAUCGAUUGUUGUUCUUAGUAAUCUACUUACACUUGUACUUCUUACUUUUUUUGUUUUUAAAUUACUUAGUACAUAUUUACGUGUUUGUUUGUACUUUUUCUUCUUUCACGUGCAAACUUAUCUUCUUUUGUUCAGACGUCAUGUCUCUUUUUGUUUUUGAGUUUGAAUUCCUAGCAUCGAAUUUGUGAUAUGUAUAUUUGUGUUGGUAUACCAACUUCUUUUUGUUUUACUAGAUCUACAUUCUUCAACAGACAGUGCUUUUGUCCAUUCGGGCUUUAUCAAUUUACUUCGAAUAUCGAUCUUGUUAUUUUCAUUGUUGCUGCCCUUCCUCCUUUCUGUUUCGUCUCUUCCUGUCGUGCUUACUUGUUUUGAAUCAAAAAUUUGUUUUUAUUAUUUUUUGUGUUACCACUUUCUCUGACGUUAUGAAACCUUUUACAAACUUUCAAGUAACUCCACUAUAUGUACGAGAGUUUUAUAUUUUAAUUAUAUUGACAAUAUUUUCACUAAACAUAAUAAUUCACAUUAUUAGCGAUCUAUUUCAUCCUAUUUUAAUGAACCAAAUUGAAACAUUGUUCCAACGUCAGUUCUUUCCAGUUUAAAGGAACAAUAUUGCAUAAGUUAACCGAGUACCGAAACAUUUUCUGUUAAAUGUGUAUCACGAAUGUAUUAAUAUAUAAUAGCAAUGUAUAUAUAAUGUAAGGGAUGCUGGAAUACCUUCUUCGGAUGCACGAUAUAUUAUAACGUAUAAAAAUAUAUUAUACACUCUUUUGUUAACAAAAAGAAACAGGAAAUGUCGAAUAUGAGAAGGACGGAAUGUAAAUACGCUAUUGUUAAAGUACAAAUGGUUCCGAGUAGUCAACGUUAAGUAUUUCAUUCCUUAACAAAUAAGAAAAUGACGUUAGAAAUGUAUACAGUACUGGUCAAUUAUAUUACUAUAAUGUCAAGGAAGAAUGAUGCAAAUAUAUAUAAUUAUAUUUUAACAAA